AAAGCGUGAGAAGGAAAUGAAAAUGAAAUUCUUGGAUUGGUACCUGAAAAUUGCCGUUGUUUCUGCUAUGAUUGGUGGUUCCAUGGAGCUAUUCAUGAUCAAAACUGGCUUUUAUGAUAAGGUAACUGUUCUCGAGGCAGAAAAGAGAGCUUGGGAGAGUUCUCCUGAAGCUAAAGCUGUCAGAGAAGCUCUGAAUCCAUGGAGACAUCAUGAUGCCGAAGCAGGAAAAAGUUCUUAGCCUGUGCCCUUCCUAUUAGUUUAAUUUAAGGUAAUUGCUAAUUGCCCAAGCACAAGAUUUAUCAUUCCAGACAGGAUUAUUGACUUAGUUAAAUGUGGAGCAGGAACUGCAAAUGUUUGUUAUAGUCAAAGAAACUUGGUGUCUUAGCUGUGGUUUAGUUGAUUUUGAUCAACUUUAGGGCAGGAGGUGGUAUUGAUUCUUAGAUUGCCUGUUGUUACUAUAUUUUAUAGUGGUACGUCUUGAGUUUGUUUGUGCUUCUCUUUUGUUGUAUUCUUGAAACUGUUAUAAUAGAGUUGUUGUAGUCUAUACAGUUAGGUGACCUUUUUGUGGCUGUUAACAGAACCUUGUCUUCUUGAUAAAGAGAUAUGUUCUUUCUUUGUUUUAA